GCAGCCCAAGCGGCGUUUCUAGAGCCAACGGGAUUGGCGUCGCGUCUCGGCCACCCCUUAGGAGGGCCUGUCUUGCUACCUCACGAUUGUUUCGAUCUCCUGUCAUCUUAUAUUCUCCCGAACGUUCUCCUAACUCUGCCAUCGUCCACUUGCUACCCCGAUCGCGCCACUUCUCGCCUUCUCCAUCCCUCUCCUACCGCAGAGCCAUGGCUUUUACGAGGCCAUCGCGGGAGCUCCUGCAGCUCCCGCGCCAGCUGACCUGCCGGCCGAGGCCACCGUCGACCUCGCCCGUCUCGGCCGCCUCCUCGGUGCGGUCCGCACACCGUCUCGCUACCCAAUCCGCCGCCCUCCCGCCCCGCCCGCAGCAAAGACGGCAACCACGGCACGGCGGCCACCUGCAUCAGCUGCAGCAGCCGUCCCGCGCGGCGGCGACCUUCACACCCGGCUUCCAGGCCGGGGCCGUGUCGCGGCUCGAGACGGCCGUCGACUCGUCGUCGGCCGAGUUCCGCGACAACGAGGCGGCCAUGCGCGCGGCCUCGGACCGCGUCGACCGCCUGACGCGGGCGGCGCAGCGCGGGGGCAGCGACAAGGCGCGGGAGAAGCACCUGGCGCGCGGCAAGAUGCUGCCCCGCGAUCGCGUCGCCGCGCUGAUCGACCCGGGCACCUCGUUCCUCGAGCUGUCGCCCCUGGCCGGCCACGAGCUCUACGCCGACGCCGACGUGCCCGCGGGCGGCAUCAUCACGGGCGUGGGCCAAGUCGAGGGCGUGACGUGCGUGGUGGUUGCCAACGACAGCACCGUCAAGGGCGGCACAUACUACCCCGUCACGGUCAAGAAGCACCUGCGCGCCCAGGAGGUGGCGGCCCAGAACGGGCUCCCCUGCAUCUACCUCGUCGACUCGGGCGGCGCCAACCUGCCGCACCAGGCCGAUGUGUUUCCGGACCGCGACCACUUCGGCCGCAUCUUCUACAACCAGGCCCGCAUGUCGGCCGACGGCGUCCCGCAGAUCUCGGUCGUCAUGGGCCCCUGCACCGCGGGGGGCGCCUACGUGCCCGCCAUGAGCGACGAGAGCAUCAUCGUGCAGGACCAGGGCCACAUCUUCCUGGCCGGGCCCCCGCUCGUCAAGGCCGCCACGGGCGAGGUCGUCAGCCCCGAGGACCUGGGCGGCGGCCGCAUGCACACGUCGGUCUCGGGCGUCGCCGACUACCUGGCCGUCGACGACGCGCACGCCCUGGUGCUGGCGCGCCGCUGUGUCGCGAACCUCAACUGGCCCACGAGGUCUCGGCAGCAGCAGCAGCAGCAAGAGGAAGGCUUGCCGGCAUACGAGGAGCCCCUGUACCCGGCCUCGGAUCUCCUGGGCAUCGCGUCGACGAACCUGCGCAAGCCCCUGCCCGUGCGUGAGGUGAUCGCGCGCAUCGUCGACGGCUCGGCCUUUGCCGAGUUCAAGCGCGACUACGGCGCCACGCUCGUCACGGGCUUCGCCUCCAUCUACGGGCAGCGCGUCGGGGUCGUGGCCAACGACGGCAUCCUGUUCGCGUCGUCGGCCGCAAAGGGCGCGCACUUUGUCGAGCUCUGCUGCCAGCGCGGCCUCCCGCUCGUCUUCCUCCAGAACAUCUCGGGCUUCAUGGUCGGGCGCGAGGCCGAGCGCGAGGGGAUCGCCAAGCACGGCGCCAAGCUCGUCACGGCCGUGGCCUGCGCCGACGUGCCCAAGCUCACCGUCGUCGUCGGCGGGAGCUACGGGGCCGGCAACUACGGCAUGUGCGGCAGGGCCUACUCGCCCCGCUUUCUGUGGAUGUGGCCCGGCGCCCGCGUGGGUGUCAUGGGCGCCGACCAGCUAGCCGCCGUUAUGGAGACGGUCGGGCGGCCGGACCCGGAGCUCAGGGACCGCAUCGAGCGCGAGAGCGAUGCCGUGUUUUCCAGCGCGAGGCUGUGGGACGAUGGAGUCAUCCCCCCAGAACACACGCGCCGCUACCUCGGCUUGGGCCUGAGGGCCGCCCUCUCCGGCCGCAACCAUGUCAAGCCAGGGGCUACCAAGUUUGGGGUUUUUAGAAUGUGAUACAACGUCAUGGAGAGUUUUUUUCUUUCUUUUUUUUCGGUCUGGUUGCUUGCCCUCUCAUGCAUGCCCGGAGGCCCGGAGACAUCACAUCGGCAAACCUCGGACUACUGGGGUGCAAAAUGAUACUCUCACCCUCGCGACGGUCUUUCCGCACCUAAAAGCUUGUAUGAGGAGACGAGACCAUGUAACUCCCACUCCUUGUAUCACGUAUCCAGUGGCCACGCGGGAACUGAGGCCACUUAUCCAGCGAGAAUUCGGUAGACAGGGCGAAGCUCGAAUUUAAAAGCUGCCGCGCCGGGUGAUAGGGGGUUUGCUAUGUCGUCUUCAGAGUCCCUGCUGGGCCUAGCCCUUGAGUACCUACCUGUCAGACCAGACUAUUGUUGGAGUGCAAGCCUUAUCCAUACAUGGGCAAUCAGAAGGGCAAGCGAAAAGACGAACAGAGCGAGGCAUGGAUGAACCAAGCAAUGCGGAUGUGAUGGACCAGAUCCUGUGGGUCACUUGUAGAAGAACGUAGAACGGCAAUGCCACCCUGUGUGACACGGCGCGCACUUCGGUUUGUCUUUGUAGCCAGCAAGCCUUCCUAUCC